CAUAAAAGAUUAAGAAAACAAGAAUGGGCAAACUGCACAUACUGAUGAUACCAUAUCCAGUACAAGGCCAUGUUAUUCCCUUGAUGGAGCUAGCUCAAUCCUUAGCCAAAUAUGGCUUCAAAAUCACUUUUGCCAACAUUGAGUCCACUCACAAGUGUAUUCUAAAUUCUUUAGCAGGAAAAAAUACUUUGCAUGAUCAGAUUCAUCUGAUUUCCAUUUUAGAUGAAUCAGAAUCUGGGGAGGAUAAGAGUGUGCCUGGUAAAUUAUCUGAAGCAAUCUUUAAAAUCAUGCCUGGGAAAAUUGAGAAGCUAAUACAAGAAAAUAAUGCAUCUAAGGAUGAAAAAAUUACUUGUGUUAUUGCUGAUCAGAGCCUUGGAUGGGCUAUGGAACUUGCAGCCAAAUUGGGAAUUAAGAGAGCAGCCUUCUUAACUGCUGCAGCUGCUAAUUUGGUUCUUGGUUUUAACAUUCCAAAGUUGAUUGAUGAUGGCAUAAUUGACAAUGAUGGGACUCCAACAAUAAAGGAUCAUACUUUUCAGUUUGAACCAACUAUGCCUAUUAUGAAUACAUCAAAUUUAGUUUGGACACGCAUGGGGAAUUUGGCAAUGCAGAAAAUCAUUUUUAACAUGAUGGUUCACAACAACAAAGCUGUGAAAUCAGCAGAUUGGCUGAUUUGCAACUCAACAUAUGAACUUGAACCAGGAGCCUUCAACUUAGCACCUAAUAUUGUGCCUAUAGGUCCUCUUUUGGCAAGCAAUUGUCUCGAACCGAGGACGUCCCCUCCAGUAGUACAAUCUCGUAUUUCUUCUAAAGAAUCUCCUAAUUCACUGGCUGGAUCGUUCUGGCCUGAGGACUCAACUUGCUUAAACUGGCUUGAUCAACAACCAUUAGGCUCAGUUGUGUAUGUUGCCUUUGGGAGCUUCACAAUAUUCAAUGAAGCUCAAUUUCAAGAAUUAGCAUUGGGGCUUGAAGUAGCAAACAAACCUUUCUUGUGGGUUGUGAGAAGUGAUGCUCUAGAUGCAAAAACUGAUAUUUUCUUGAAAAAUUAUGUGGACAGAAGAGGGAGGCAAAAAGGGAAAAUUGUGAGUUGGGCACCACAGCAAAAGGUUUUAAGUCAUCCUAGUAUAGGUUGUUUUGUUAGCCAUUGUGGUUGGAAUUCCACAAUAGAAGCAAUAAGCAAUGGAGUUCCUAUAUUGUGUUGGCCUUAUUUUGCUGACCAGUAUAUGAACCAGAGUUAUAUUUGUGAUAUAUGGAAGGUUGGAUUAGGACUAAAGAAAGAAGGUAAUGGGAUCAUUAGUUGUGGAGAAAUUAAGGUUAAGGUGGAGCAGUUGCUAGGAAAUGAUGCAUUCAGGAAAAGAGCUUUGCAACUCAAGGAAAUGACUAUGGGAUCAGUCAAAGAAGGUGGUAGGUCUCACCAGAAUUUCAUAAGGGUCAUUCAAUGGGUUAAAUCAUCAUAGAUAUUGAAGAAAGAUUCUAUGUUUAUGCUUUCUAUAGUACAAGCAUGGAGCCUCUUAUUUGAGGACUUAAAUUCAUGCCUUUUUAUGUUGUUGUGUGGUUUUAUCAUUUUGUCACCAAGUGUAUUCUACUUUUGUAAACUCCUUUGUCCAAGACGGUGUCAGAACCAACGAUGUCAGUUCCCAUUUUGGUAAAAGUUAGUCUUGACGUUCAGUUUUUGGACUGCUUGUUA